AUGUCGCAACAUAGUCUAGCAGCUGGCCAGUUGGAGCCACCGGGGCAAUCGAGGCAACAAAGGCGUCCUCUGUUGCCCCGGCCAGCUCCGACGCCUGCACAACCAGCACCACUAGCACUAGCAGCUGCUCAACAAUCAUCCCCGCCGUCCAGGGUCGCUCACCUGGCGAAACAAAGCCGUUCCCUGAGACGACAACAAGUGCCGGCAGCCUGUGGCGCGUGUCGGAAACGAAAAAUCAAGUGCGACGGUGGUCGACCAGUAUGCUAUUCUUGCACUCAGCGGCGCGUUCCGUGCGACUAUGCCUCACAGCCGGGGGAGACACCCUCACAAGCUCUUAGACGAUCCUACAGCCAACUGCGAGAUCAUGCGACUUCGAACGAGAAAAUCCUCGACCUCUUGAGGACACUGCCAGACAAAGAGGCUCAUCACGUGCUGCAGAGAAUCAGGUCGGGAACCGACAUCUCGGCCAUUCUUUCGCAUAUUCAUGAUGGUGAUCUCUUGCUCCAGCUCGCUCUUGAACCUGAAACUCGAUUCCGUUAUCAAUUUCCGUAUCGACAGAAUUUUCCAGAGAAUGAUUUGCCCGAUAAUUCCUACUUGAACUCAUUCGUCUACGAAGGGCCAUUGUCAUAUGCUCCAGACCAGAGAUUGGGGCCCGAUGGCAGUGAGUCUGACAGCUACAGCUUGGUUGCCUAUCAGAGGCCCUUCCACGCAGCCCAAGUCGUGGACCCUCGCCUCACAGACGUGAAGCCAUCACUGUGGACGUCUGUUUGCGACGAUGAUUUGCUUAUGCGGGACCUUCUUGGGGUGUGGCUUCGUUGUGAAUAUCAAUUUACCGCGGCCUUCCAGAAGGAUUACUUUCUCGAGGAUAUGCUUGUUAUGCGGCAAGAUUUCUGCUCAUCGCUCCUUGUCAAUGUGACUCUUGCUUAUUCAUGCGUUUGCUAUCCGCGAUUCUCGGACCGCGCCGAGUAUUGGAACCCACAUACACUCGUGUAUCGUUUUAUUGCUGAAGCAAAACGCAUCUGGGAGAUUGAGUCACACCAAGUACGGCUCACCACUAUUCAGGCCGGAAUGCUUUUCAAUGUCUUCUAUAACCUCUGCGGUCUAGACGAGAUUGGACAGCCGUAUAGGAUCCAAGCCAUUGAACUAGCACACAAGUUGCGCUUGUAUGACAGUGCCAUAUCCGGGCAAAGCAAAAGAAUACGGGACGGUAGACUGUACACUGCAUGGGCAUUGUAUGAUUGGGAAACUCUGGUCGGCUUUUCCUUCAUGCAUGCGCCACUUCUCAAAACUCCACCCGUCGAACCAUUACCGGAUCCUCUGGAAGAUCCAAAGUGGUUCGGCGAGAUAUGGGCCAAAUAUCCAUCAAGCCAGAGUCUUUCCCCGUCACAUUUUGGACUUGUUUUUCAUGCGAAAAGCCAAUUCCGAAUCAUCAUGAAUGAAUUCUGUGUAGAAGCCUAUUCCAGAGACUCAAUGAUAACUCUUGAUCAAGCAUAUCAGUUCCGUUCGCGUUUAAUAAGUUGGUACGACGGCUUGCCUGCACCACUUUGCGCAAAGACUAUCGUGCUACCUGCACAGUUACAACUUCACAUGUACUAUCACAACCUCGUCCUCAAUAUGUUUGAACCCUUGCUGGAUGAGGAAACAGAUCGAGUGCCAGGGCCGCAACAAAUUAUUGACGAUUCAAACAAGCACCUCCGGACCCUCGUUCGGCUUUAUUACCUCCGACAUGGGUUUGAUGCUAUGGAUCUCUUCAUCUGUAUACCGCUAAUCCUUGUGGCGUUCAAGUGCGCCGAUGCCAUCGACCAGUUUACCUCUGCUUCCCAGCUAGAAGCAUUGCGGUCGACUCUCAUUCUGGUCGUAAAGGGGUUGUCCAGUCAGCGUCAUAAUCAUUACUUGUCUGAGGCGCUGUUCCGGGUCAUCCGUGGGCGCAUGCGUGUACAAGAAGCCUCGAUACUCAAAGGCGUGCUGAAUCUUGACGACGAGGACCCCGUGGAGAAGAGUAGGGCUCCGAUGCAGGCUGUGCGAAGCGCGUGGACGGUUAGUGUCGUCAAAGAGGACACUCAGGUAUUGAAUAACCUUGUUGAAAACUACGCCUAUCUGAGUGUAAACGACCGAGCCGACACAAAGUCUUCCUAUCAAGGUGGCUAG